UAUCUAUGUUUUGAUUGAAUUGAAUUGAUUCGAAGUGUUACUCAAAAAUGGCUGCACUUGCAGAAGAUUUCGUUGAUGAGGAAGAUUUACAGAUAUUCAAAGAAAGAUAUGAGAAAGAAGAGACUGCUGGAAUGGUGACAAAUGAUAUACAAUUUCAGUAUGGAAUGUGUCUAAUUAAAAGCAAGUAUAGAAAUGAUAUAAGAAAGGGAAUAGAAUUGUUUCAAGAUCUCUGCACACGAGGUUGCGAUCAACGAGAUUUUCUGUUUUUCCUGGCAUUGGGGUACUACAAACUAGGGCAAUGGGAGCCUGCGAUGAAAUGUAUCCAGCGGCUUUUGAAUAUUGAACCUAACAACCACCAAGCAAUUGAAAUGAAGGAACUUAUCAACAAAAAGAUGAACAAAGAUGGAUUAAUGGGCGUGGCUAUAGCCGGAGGAGCAGUUGUAGGUGGAAUUCUAGGAAUAGUCGGAGGCUCUAUCAUCCUUGGUUACAAAUUGCUGAAGAAGUAAAGAGAGCUGCAAUGAAAUUAGCGAGGUGAUUUCUUUUGAUUCCAAUCUCCAAAUGAUGCUGUCAGUCUGGAAAAAUUCUUGUGCUGUAACCUGGUCAUCGUUAAUUCCGGCACACCACCUUCCCUUGCAGUUGAUGAUUAUUGAUUUCUCUAAAUUAGAUCAGAGUGACAACGGUUCCUCAUAGUAUCUGUGUGUCGCUUGAGUACUUUGUCGUAGAAAAAAUUUUCAACCCCUUGAGUGUCUAUAUAUCAAGCCCUUAAAAGCUUUUCAUCCGCUACUUUUAAAGGUCCUUGUAUUUGAUAUCGGGUACUAUUUAGAGCUCGCUACUGCCUGUUAGAGUAUAUUUCCACUCUGAGAGUUCAUUGUAAUCCCCUUAAAAGGAGCACCAAUCGCCUAUUUCUGCGAAAUUUCCGGUUCUACGGGCCCUUUAUUCGAAAACGAAUCUUUUGCGCAAAAUGCUUGCAAGCUGUUUUUUGAGCUGAAGUUGAAACAAAGAUACACAGGUUCAAUGCACUCUGCUGAUUUGAUGGGGGUCUCAAUGGAAAAGCAACAUGCCACACAAGCUAGAAGAUAUUUCUACACUUCGAAGUGCCUCAUAAGAUAAUUCACAAUGCCAGAUAACUGGAAAGAGAGACAAGGAGAAUGGAAAUAUAUAUUAUGACAGAGAGAAUCAACAAAUUGCACCGCUGCCUCGAGUUAAGUUUCUAUAUGACUGGCUACUUGGCAACCAAGUUUCUGUCGUCAGCUCACAACCAGAGGACAUUGUCAGCUCCCUUUAAGACAAAGCAGCGUUGACCAUCAUUCGUAUGUGCUGCGUGGUUACAAAAGAAAGAACUAGAAACUUUGUACCUGUUGCUACCCUUUCGCCCCAAAGACGGAGCUACUAUAGACAAAACCUACAUAAAGACUGCAAAUAUAUACUUUCCAGUAUUUUCUUUGUUAUUUUCUACCUGGUAUAUUGAUAGUUGAUUUGUUAAUGCUCAUUAAGCGUUAAUUUAGGAAUCUUUUCAUAUUCCUUCUUCAGAAGCUUUCUCACUAAAACUAGACGUUUUCCCCUUCUUUUGGAUAAAAAACUUAAGAAUAUUUCGUUUGGACGUCUGUCUUUGGAUUUUCCUGUCUUUGGAUACCCGUUACGCCACUUUUAAAAUAUUUACAAAGACUUGACAGUUCAUCAAGCAAUAUAAAACUAGUAAUUCGAAGAUCCUUCUGUAUAAUACAAUCUUCUUCAACAUUAGAGUAACAAGAAAUAAACAAUUGGUUUUCAUCCAAAGUUAUGAAAUAUUUUUGAUAAUUUUCAGUGUUUUUGGAAUUGACGGAUGUGAUUGAUGGUGUUGAGUAUAAUUAUGACCCUUUUUGCAAAUAUAUAAAUUCAUACUAAAAUUUUUUACAAUUAUUACGCUGGCUGUACCGUUGACGAAUUUGCUUUUGUGCUAUGAAUUCAAACGUCCCUUGGCAGUGUGAAUGAUAAUAACAAUGAUAACUGUGCUUUACAAAGUUUUUUGCCAAUGAACAACACUUGGCUCUUUCUUUUUGAUUGACAGGUGAUGACAUCUUACCAAAUGUUGCAGUGAAAUGUUUCCAAUCAUUCAACUUAGAAAUACUUCGCAUUUCACUUCAUGCUUACAUAUAAAUAGUCCUGUAAUCUUUCGUGAAUUAAUCGUAGAAUCCUUUCAGCCUUGCAUACCAGCUUUGCAUACUCUUAUCUUAAAGCUGUUAAGAAACAUUCAGUUUUGAUAAUUUUUCAAGCAGUGGCGGCACUAGCUACUGCAGAGUGGGAGGGUAAUGGGCGUGAACAAUUAGAUCGCGCCCUUUAACCUCGUUUCAGUGCUUUGUACCAGGGAAUUUCCUUAAGGCGUGAAAUUUUAUCAAUACAAUAAAACCUAUGACGUAUAAAAACUACCUUACGUAUAAAAAAUAUGUGGACAAUGUUUUGAUAAAAGUGGGGGAGGGUGAAUUACCCCCAAAGUACCCCAUGCGUCCCCCAUGCCCCUGCCACUGUUUGCAAGUUUCUAAUAGAAAGAUAUACAUAGGCUAUAGUUCUUGGUUGGCGUUCUAGAAAGCUAGAAGAAUGUCUCACUCACUUUCCAAAUCGUAAGUUUUUACGAAAAGUUUUGCUCAUUAACAUUUAGAUAUAUUAAUACUUAGCGAUUUUUUGUAGCAAAAUAUGUAUAAUGAAGUAUUUAUCUGCCUCAUAGCCGUUCUAACCUUGAAUGCAUGAGCUUUUGUCAUAAUAAAACUGAGGCUGGUUUUCUUGUUCACCUGUUUGGUCAUAUUGAGUUUAAUACUUGAGGUCUGCUUUCAAAUACGUUUUGUAUUCCGUCUUAAUGAAACUAUAAACCAACAGCUCUUAGAGCAUUGUCAUCCUAAAUGAUUGAGACGGUGAACACUUAAUAAGAUCUUCGUAAUUUUCAGAUGCAUCUUAAACCUUUCAAAUGUUAAUGUAUUUAGACUAUUUUCAAUUUAUAUCUUUCUUUAUUUGUAA